CGACAACAAAACGAAUGUAGUUCAACGUCGGUCGUCCUUUGCACUUUGAGAUAAAACAUGUUCUUAUAAUGGGAAAUCUGCAGGGUAUAUCUAUUUUAAUGGAACUCAGUUUUCCCUUUGGAAUGCAAUAUAUACUAAACUUCCACAUGUUAGUUUGUAAUCUUUAAACAAUGAAGAUAUGGAAAGCAAUCAAAUUUAAUCAGGGAGAUUUGGUUCUUUUUUUCAAAGAUUUUUGGUUAAUUUCAUAAAUAUAAUGGAUGCGAUAAUUAUUAUAGACUAUCAUAGAUAAUAAUAUGAACAGCCGUGUCACGUAUAUAAGCUCCAUCGCUUCUAUGAAAAGCCACAUAUAGAAAGAAGUUAAACGUUUAACUAAAUUAGUUAAUUACCAAAGCCUCUUAAAUUCAAGUAAACACUAGAAACAUGAUAUUGUCACGCCAAGAAAAUUCAUUCUUCCUUAAUUUAUAAAUUGUACUGUCGGUUAGAGUAUUGACUCUGUGCUUCUGGAUAUGAUAGGGUUAAAUAAUUGGCACUUCAAGUCUUCAAGGAGUGUGUCUUCUUUUCCAAAGAAAACAUAAUCAUAAUGAGACAUUCAACUACUUAGUUCAUAAUCAAUGAGUUUUUCUUAUUGUUAAAUAUUCAUAUAAAAAAAACCACAUCGGAGUAGUCUAGUGGUUCAAGAUUAAAAAUUGAUUACUUUUUAGUAUGAAAUUAUUAGUUUUACAUGUGGUCACACAAAUAUCGAUCCAUUGCUUAUACGCCAUUUGAAUAUCCAAAGAGAUAAUUUAUCUGUAAAUUGCAUCUUUUUUUAGAGGUUAGUAUGGUUUCUUCCAUACAUCUGUUUUAAAAAUUACACAAUUUUUUUCUCUUAAUUUAAAGAGUGAAGAGGCCAAUAUUUAGAAGAUAAGUUGGGUUUUGAUGAAUUAAUCAACAAGAGUUAGCUUUUAUUUAGUUUAGCCUAUCAUUGUUUUGUUUGAGGUUUUCUGUUUUAAAGAUUACACAGAUUUGUUUUUCUUAAGUAAAGAGUGAAGAGGCAAAUAUUUAGAGGAUAAGUUGGGUUUUAAUGAAUUAAUCAACAAGAGUUAGCUUUUAUUUAGUUUAGCCUAUCAUUGUUUUGUUUUUUUUUGUCAGCUCCUAUCCUUGUUUUAUUUGUCGACUUCAAACAUAUAUUUGUUGAUAUAAUAUUUAGUUCAGUCGUUUUUAAUUCUUAUAUACCAUCUUUGUGCUCCAAAAGCCGAGAAUCAGUGUGUUGCUUAAUACAAGUAGGUUUGGUAUCACAUUGCCGGUGCCUAAAUCGUCUUAGUAGCUGAGCCACUAGUUGUUAGUUACAUAGAUGAAUUUUCAAUUAGUUUAAAUAAUAUAAACCUAAUUUUUUAAGAAAAAUAUAAAACUAAAACUAACAUGAAAAUAUAUUCCUUUAGCAAAAAGUGACUAUCUAUUUUGCUAUUAGUCUUAAUUUAUUUUCUUAAUGUAUAACAGAAAACUUCGAUAUAGAAAACAAGAAAAACUAAUAAUUAUUUAGAAAGUAGAAAACCAAAAUUGUUUAAUACUUAAUACUAAAAAGAAAAUUGCCACAAAUACCACAUUCAUAAUACUAAUCAAUUUUACUCUCACUUUUAAUAAAAGGUAAAAGAUAUUUAUAUUCUUAGGGUAACUAAUCUAGACUUAAGUUUAAAAUUGAGGGAUGUGGUAGAAUUUUUGGAAAGUAAAAUUUCUAAUUUUAAUAAAUAUAUAAAUAAAUACUUAAAAAAAUUAUUAUUUUUUUAAAAUAGUCUCAAACAUAAUUUUCAAUUUUCAAAAAAAAAAUUAAAAAAAAAAACAAAAAACAUUCGAAAAAAGAAAUUCACAAAAAAAAUUAUAAAAAAGUUCAAAUUUUAAAAAAGUUCAAAUUUUAAAAAAGUAUAAUUCAAAAACAUAAUUUUUUUAAUUUAAAUAAUUACUUAUUAUACAUAUAGAGAACAAGAGUAUAAAAAUAUUUUGACAUUUAAUGAAAAAAUAUUUUUGAAAAUAUCUUUUUUUUAUAGGGAAAUUGCACCCUAUAACCAUUAAAAAAAACACAAACCCACUAUCUAACCAAAAACACUUUCUCUCCCCUUAUUUCUCUUCCUAUCUCUCUCUAACCUCUCACUAAAAAUCUAAUUACUCUUUUUUUUUGGUUAUUUGGCAAAUAAGCCCUUUUUUAUAACAUCAUUUUGAAAAUAUUUUUUUACUAGUUGUAAAGAUGAAUAAUAGUAUUAUAAAGUGGUAACCAUAAAAUUUUCUCAUACUAAAGUCCACUCGUGGCCACGAAGAUCUGAUAUAUAGGCUCUGAAUGGUAAUUGCGGUUUGAGCGGUGCAGAACAAGCGGUUUAACUGCGGUGCCGUUUUAACAAUUACAAAAACGUAUAAAUAUAUGGUAUAUGUAGAGAUUUUUGUUACUGUUAACUAUGGUGCGGGACGGGACGGUUACUAAUAUUCGAAGCCAUAACUUUAGAAAUAAUAUUAUUAGAAGGGCUUGGAGCAUGUAAGGAAAACAAAUGGAACUUAGAUUUGGUCGGCAACGUGAAGUCCACGAACUAACGUAGGCACCAGCUCAGCAAACAGGUCGUACCACUACCAUUCGUAGAUGUCUAAUUAAUAUUGUUGAAAUAAGAUACAAAAUAACAUAAAAAGAUAUAAAAUAACAUAAAUAAAUGACGCAAAUAGGAUGAGAAUGAGAUAAGCUGAAAAGGGAUGACGAAUUUUUUUUUUUUUUUAAAGUCUAAACCCAGUAAGUGUCGUACGAUGGCAACGAUCUUAUGAAUCCGUGAUCUGCUGAUCAGUCAGAUCCCCUCAAGUUCUGAUAAGUUGUAUCUGUCAUCUGGUACUCAAGAUAUUUAAAAGAAAAUUACAAAUUUUAUAGAGAAAAUCACAAAACCCAAUUUCCUAUCGUAUAUUAAAUUAUUAAUUUCCAAUAUAUUUUUUUCUUUCGAAAUCUUAAUUUACUUAUAGUAAAAUUGAAACAAAUAUUUAAUGGUCCAAUCGUACUUGAAAUGUAAGAAGACGUGAUUGUCUUUACUUGGUAAUAUUUUUGUUGAUAUGACCCCAAGACGAUUUAUUUUAGAUCAGUGUAUUGGAAACGGUCGUUCAUUUUUUUAUCCAUCAUAUUUCACUUGACCUCACAAAAUAACUGUAAUAAAACUUUAUUAGAAAUGGGUUACUCCUCAGAAGAAAAGAGAAGAAAAUUUCAAUAAAAUUUGGUGACAAACCUUAAGUUGCAAAGUAUUGAUUUAAAAAAAAAACAAAUUUAGUUAAUAUCACACUGUUUUCAUAAUUAAGUUAAUGAAAUCUUAAGAAAGUUAUCAAUGACCACUUACAUUUUAAAAAUUAUAAUAUAUGAGUUUUGUUUUUUUUUUUUGUUUUUAAUGAUCAUACUAUAUAUUAAUUUUUUUUUGUCAUCUCAUACUAUAUAUUAAUAGUAUGUAUAUAGUUUAAGUGGAAAUAGUAAAAAGUUAUCAAUGGCUUUACUAAAGCCUAAUUCCAUUCAUCAUUUUUCUGUUCGGUAUUUUAACUUAUUUUUCAUUGAUUCACCAUCAUUUUUUUUUGUUGAAACUGUUUAUGUUACUUCCUCGUGUAUGAAAAAAACUUAAAAUCAACGUUACGUACUCCAUCUUCAGUUAGAUACUUGAAAUUAUUUUGUACAAAACUACGAGCCAAUAUUUGAAUAACCCACAGGAAAGUUUUGUAUCUGGACUUGGAGGCAAAAUAAAUUACAUAGGAGUGUACGACGUAUACUAUUAACACAUGUCGAUAAGAGAUGUAACAUCUCAAAUGAACAUUUUAUUCUUCCUUCGUGUUACUUAAGUAUAACGGAAUAUAUUGAUGCUUUAUUGGAUAUAUAUAUAAUACAGAUUCAUUAGAAAACGUGUAAAUGAGCUGGCAAAGAACAGAAGUAUCUUGAUAAAAAUGGAAGUCAAUGUUGAAAGCUAUGUUCAAAAAAAAAAAAAUGGAAGUCAAUGUAUCCAAUAAAAACGAUCAGACCAAUUCAAAUUAGCAAAGCAUUAAGCAUACAAUAAUUCAAACCAAAACCGUUAUAAAAACAAAGACAUAAUUAGGUGAAAAGAGGCCAAACAUGUACAACCGGCCAAAACAACCAAACCCCUAUUUUAUUUUCUUUCUGUUUCUUUCUCCGCUGUUUGGUCGUUUUCACGUUUGGCUAAACCAACCAAAACAAAGAGAUUCAAACGGAAGAAACAAACCAAACCUAAACUCCAAAUACAAAAAACUAAACAAAACUUGUUUAGUUACGGAUGUCUCAGGCCUUGGCUCCACCACCACUUCUGGUGGUCACCACCGUCGUCCCAGAUCCCCCACACCCUCCCCCACCACCUCAACAAAAGCCGUACGCUCUGCAAUACGUGACGGAGCUUCUCAGCCGGAUAGGUAUCAAAGACACGGACAAAGAUGGCAACAUAAGCCCACAGAGCCCGAGAAGCCCAAGAAACAAUAUCCUCAUGGGAAAGUACGAGCUAGGGAAGCUUCUCGGCCACGGAACCUUCGCUAAGGUCUAUCUAGCCCUAAACAUAAAAUCCGGCGAAAACGUCGCCAUCAAAGUCAUCGACAAGGAGAAGAUCAUGAAGAGCGGUUUAGUCGCUCACAUCAAAAGAGAGAUCUCCAUCCUCCGCCGCGUGCGCCACCCUUACGUCGUCCACCUCUUCGAAGUCAUGGCCACGAAGACCAAGAUCUACUUCGUGAUGGAGUACGUUCCAGGAGGAGAGCUAUUCAACAAGGUGGCUAAAGGACGUCUGCCGGAGGACACCGCCCGGAGAUAUUUCCAGCAGCUGAUCUCCUCCGUGUCCUUCUGCCACGGACGAGGCGUCUACCACCGUGACCUUAAACCGGAGAAUCUGCUCUUAGACGCUAAAGGCAACCUCAAAGUCUCUGACUUCGGUCUCAGCGCGGUGGCAGAGCAGCUCCGUAUAGACGGGCUCUGCCACACGUUCUGCGGUACUCCGGCGUAUCUUGCGCCGGAGGUUUUGACGAGGAAAGGAUAUGAUGCGGCUAAGGCUGAUGUGUGGUCUUGCGGAGUGAUAUUAUUCGUGUUGAUGGCUGGUCACAUCCCGUUUUACGACAAGAACAUAAUGGCUAUGUACAAGAAGAUAUACAAAGGCGAGUUUCGUUGUCCUCGUUGGUUUUCGUCUGAUCUUAUCCGGUUAUUGACUCGGCUUCUCGAUACUAAUCCGGAUACUCGGAUCACUAUACCGGAGAUCAUGAAGAGUAGAUGGUUCAAGAAAGGAUUCAAACACGUCAAAUUCUACAUAGAAGAUGAUAAGUUAUGUAGGGAUGACGAGGAGGAGGAAGAAGAGUCGUGUUCCUCUGGUCGUUCAUCAACGGUUUCAGAGAGUGAUGCUGAGUUUGACGUGAAGCGUAUCGGUUCAAUGCCGAGGCCCGCGAGCUUAAACGCGUUUGAUAUUAUAUCGUUCUCUUCGGGGUUUGAUUUAUCGGGGUUGUUUGAGGAAGGUGGAGAAGGGACGAGGUUUUUGUCAGGUGCUCCUGUUUCGGAGAUCAUAGCGAAGCUGGAGGAGAUUGCGAGGGUUGUUAGCUUUACGGUGAGGAAGAAGGAGUGGAGUUUGAGGUUAGAAGGGUGUAGAGAAGGAGCGAAGGGGCCGUUGACGAUUGGAGCUGAGAUAUUUGAGCUGACGCCGUCUCUUGUGGUGGUGGAGGUGAAGCAGAAGGGAGGAGAUAGAGAUGAGUAUGAAGAGUUUUGUAAUAAGAAACUCAGACCGGAGCUGGAUAAACUAAUGCAUGACCGAGGAGAAGAUAAAGGAAAAGGAGAUGUUGUUGUAGAAGAAGAAGCAAUGUGUUUGCCGUGUGAUACUGUAUAGUAAAACUGAGGAAGGCUGAGAACAAUGAAUACAAGAAAUUAACAUUCUUUUGUUACUACUGAGUCUAUUUAUUAUUUGUUAUAUGGUUAUGGUGCGGUAUUGGGAUGUUACGGAGGUUUUUAAGAUGCACUUCAAUCUAGGACAUCUCCGUAAUCUCCCAGUCUGUUUAUGUGUGAGUGUGUGUGUGUUUAUGUGUAAGUGUUACUGUAACGUGAGUGAUAGGAAGAAGAGCGAAUGAAAAGAUACAAAAGGAUAUAUCUGAGUAAUUAGUCAGUUUUUGCUGGUUGCUUAUAGAGCCAGUGUUUUUGUCAGAUUGCUCAUAUAAUCUUGUACAUACUUGUAACACAAGAUACGAGCUUAAUUGAAAAUUUUUCUCGGCCUUCCC